UUCGGCCCGACAACAUCGCCGCGACCGAAUGUAUCGUCGAUUUAACUUUUCGCAUCAUUCUAACGUGGAUCGCGAGUUUAGGUUUCACGUUUUUUUAAUGAGAACGAACCACCGGAUACAGUCGAUGAAUAAAGUCGAUAAUAAAAACCAUUUCAAUAAUAGUCAAAUCAGUCGAUUUUAAAAAUUUUUAUCGGCCCGUUAACGCUGAAAAAAUCAAUUAUUCAACGCAUAAUUGUUUCGCAAUUGAAAUCGUCAGCGACUGAAAUAUUCCGAGUAUUCUGAAUAAAAAAUCUUGAGGUCGAAAAGAACAAACGAAGUUCCCGGAGUGAACAAACUAUUGACGGGAAUAUACUGCAGUGAAUUUAGUGACAUCGAGAAAAAUAACUUUGUCGCUAAUUAUUCGAUCAUUACUUCCCAAGGGAAUGAUUUAUUUACUGCGAAAUUCUCGUGGCUCCAAUUUAAUGUAGUAUUUAAUGCAUUUUUGCAAACUUAUUUAGUAAAGUGUCUUUGGAGUGACCAGUGACUCGGUGAACCUCAAAAACAAUUAUCGCAAAAAUUAUUUGAGAGGAUUGAAAAAAAGUAAAUCGUUUUGCGUGUCAAAUCCCUUUCAUUACGACGUUAUAUUCAUCCUUAAAGUACAUUUGGGUCAGUUCGCAGGGGCUUGAAAGUAUAACGAACGUGCACGUGCUUGGGUGAACCGUGAUUUAUAGCGUUUCCACUGGAUCUCAGAUCGAACGAGACAGAGAACUCACUCUCAAUUUGUAUCUUAAUCUUAUCUAAAUUGGUCACGAAUUUUUGUAGAUCGAGGAAAUGACGCGUGUAUCCGGAUGACGUAGUUCUCUCCUCGAAGUCCAUAAUCAUCGAAGAAAAGUGUAAUAAAUUUGUGAAAUAUCGUGAUUAUUUAUUUGUGCAUCUGUUGUUCUUCGGAAUAUCGAGUGUUGAAAUAGAAUUAAAUUCUUCGUUGGAUUUCGAGCUCGAUGAGAAAGAUGGCAUCGUGCCAUUUCUUCACCUUCAUAUAAUGAGACUUUUGGGUCGCUCAGUCUAAUUGAAAUUUCGAGUACGAUGAUGCUGGACACUACAGAAAAAAUGCGAGUUCUACUAGUGACGGUGUGCCUGUUCGGCCUAGCGACCAGUGAAAACAGCACUAUCGACGAUGUUACGACGUUCACGAGUACGGGACUUCACCCGGAAACUGAAGCAAUAGGACAGAAUGUUGCAUGGAGAGAACAGUCGCCAUGGACAAGGUGGUCUCGUUGCUCGAGGAGAUGCGGCGGUGGAAUAUCGCAUCAGGAGAGACGUUGUCGAGGAAAAGAGUGUAAGGAAAAUGCCUGGACCUUCAGGUACAAAGUUUGCAACAUUGUGGCAUGCGAGCCACCGAGUGAUUUUCGUGCGGAGCAGUGCGCGGCUUUUGACAGCGUGCCCUACAGAGGACAACUUUUCAAGUGGUACCCUCAUCACGAUCGGACUCGAGCGUGCUCUUUGAUCUGUCGCGGGGUACCAACGGUCAACGAUCGUACCAGAACGAAUGAUUUUCGUCGAACGAGGAAACUGCAUCGUGAUAGCGAGAGCAUCGAUAACGGCGGGCUUGUUGGCGACCACGACGGCGUUACGAACGACAGCGAAGACGAGGACAAUUUCAGCAGAGAGCUCGAUACCGAGGACGACAUCGUCGUUCAAUUGGCUGCGAGAGUCGAGGAUGGCACAAAGUGCCAUCAAGAUACGACGGACGUUUGCGUUGCUGGAACUUGCUCGAAAGUGGGCUGCGACAUGAGGGUGGGCAGCAAUAAGAACAAAGAUUCGUGCGGCGUUUGCGGGGGCAACGGUUCGAGCUGUCAGCCUCAAUACUCUUGGAGCCUCGAAUCGAUAUCCGCCUGCUCCAAGUCGUGCGGCAGUGGCUUCAAAAUGGCAAUGCCCGUCUGCAAAUCGCUGGACGACGGUGUCGUCGAAGACUCGAAUUGUGACCCGGACGCCAGACCCAACAAGACACUUUUGCCUUGCAACGUUCAUCCAUGCUCGACGAAGUGGAUCACCGGUGAAUGGAGUAGGUGCAGUGCAAGCUGCGGUGGUGGAUCUAGAACACGACCGAUAUUCUGCACCGAAGAAAACGGAAACGAGACUACGAAGCUACCGGAGCACAGGUGCAACGCGAUUUAUAAGCCCGGCUAUCAGGAAACGUGCAACACCGUGUCGUGUCCCAUGUGGGAAAGCAGUCCGUGGAGCCAGUGCUCAGUCACCUGCGGCAACGGGGUGAGAACAAGAACGAUCGAGUGCCGCGACGCGGAGGGCCGUGCAUCCUCAGACUGCGAUGCAACGGAACGCCCACGCGACGAACAAGAGUGCAAAACUAACGAGCCAUGCGUCAACUAUUCCGACGAAAUGAACAACCAACCACUCGGGCAGCCGUAUCCACCACCGCCCGUUCCUGAAAAAUUGAUCGACCAGAAAGUCCCCGCCGAAUCCACAUUCAUCGCCGACGAGUGGUCCUCGUGCAGCGUGACGUGCGGCGAAGGGAUUCGCCACAGAGAAGUUCACUGCAAAAUCUUCCUCGAGUUCAGUCGCACCAUCGCGACCCUACCGGACAAACAGUGCGCCGGACCAAAGCCCCCGGAAACAGAAAAGUGCACCGCGGAAGCUUGCACCCCUUUGGACAACAGUCUCUCCUACAGGAUCGACACGGUUGGCGACAGCGGCUACGAGGAAUCAAACCUCAUGGAUUCCUACAGAUCAUCCUCGGGCUCCGGACUGAGCAGCUACGAGAGCGACGUCAAAGUAGCUCCCGGAAGUUCCGUCCGAACGACGUACUCGUGGAAAGAAGCUGGUUACACCUCGUGCACUGCUACGUGUUUGGGAGGUGUUCAGGAUUUGAUUAUAAACUGCGUGAGGGACGACGACAACAAAGUGGUCAUGCCCCUGCUGUGCACCAAAGAAACGAAGCCAGAAUCGAGGAUAAGGACCUGUAACGAUCAUCCCUGUCCUCCUCGAUGGAACUUCAGUGAGUUCUCCCCGUGCAGAAGUCCCUGCGGUAUCGGUAUACAAACCCGGGACGUCACUUGCAUACACGAGGUCGCGAGAGGACCAGGAAACACGGUGGUCGUACCGAACCAGAUGUGCAAACCUCCGCCACCGGCAGACAGACAGCACUGCAACGUUUUGGACUGUCCUCCCAAGUGGCAACCGACCGAAUGGAGCAGGUGUUCAAAAAGUUGUGGAGGUGGAACAAAAAGGCGAAAAGUUUCGUGCGAACAAGUGAUGGCGCAAGGUCACAUACUCUACAAAUCCGAUCGCGAUUGUCCGGGCACUAAACCGCCCAUGGAGAAGCCAUGCAACACGAGAUCGUGUCACGAUGUUAAUUUGCUAUUGGGUGUACAACCGACAAUUUUAACAGUCAACAUGACGUUUAUCCAGCGCGACAUCGAACAAAAAGUUGAUCUUAAAAUAGGAGGCAGUGCUACAGUGUACCCUGGAACUGGAGUCGUUAAAAUUCGAUGUCCGGUGAAAAAAUUCAAAAGAAAUCAGAUCGAGUGGACGAAAAACGGGGUCGAAUUAACGAAAUCGAAAAAGUAUAAAAUCAGUCGGAAAGGAGCUCUGAGAAUAAUGGAUAUCACGUACACCGACGAUGGAACUUAUGCUUGUAUAGCCGGUCAAUCCCACGCGGAAACUCGAUUGAUCGUGAACAAUCGACCGAGAGAACAAAUGAGCAGCGAGGAGAUAUUACGCUCAGGAAAUACGUUGCAUCAUCGUCAGAGCGUCAAGCUUCACUCAUCCCCGGUAAAUUCCGGGGAAAAUCUGCAAAUCGAUCGAGCCGCACCUGGUUACCAGGGAAGUUUUACAUUCGGCAAUGACGAUUUGAGUCACGAGGCAAGACCCGAUAUCCCAACGUCAGGAAAACCCACGAAAAAGCCACGAAAUCGUAAAAAACCGAAACCGAGCGCCGGACCAUUGGAUUCGUCGAUGGCGCAGGGCGAAUAUUCCGUCACGUCAGUCAAUCAGCCCGGAUAUCAAGAAUCCGUUGAAUCAACAGCUUCGUCGGGUGGCUCGCAGCUCAAGCCACACUUGAGUCAGCUAAUCUCGAGUUUAAAGGCAUACUGGCCAUUUCAGGGUGACUCGAGCAACCGAGGACACAGAAUGGCUCCACCGAUGCUCCUCGACGAUUCGAUGAGAAGUUCGCCUAACGACGAAACGCAAGAGGCAUCGGAAAAUGACCUUCGUUACGAUUCGCGAGAGCCAAAUCUGCGGGUAUUUAGUGACGAAACGAUAAUACCGGACGAUUCUUUCGGGCCUGACGAAGAAAGGAUUUUCAUCGACGACGAUCCUUACGAUUUGGAUGCAGCAUUUUUUGCAAUACACAGGGAGAACGCUCCGAUAAUGAGCGAGGAUAAAAAAUUGAAGGAUUUCGUUUCUCCGAGGAAAGAGCCGGAGACGAAGACGCCACAGGGCACCGACAAGGAUCUCGAUUACAUCGAACAAUCGUUGAUCAAAACGAAGUUACAAGAUCGACGAAUAAUCGACAAUUAUCUGAGGAACCAGCGCGGCACUGGUCGAUCGGAAUACGAAAAUAACGAAAAGUCACACGAACCUGUGGAGUUUAACGAGAAAAACGAUCGUGCGACGACUCAAAAUUUUGGCUACGACCAUCGAAGCAAUGGGAAAUCGAACUUUAGUGGAAAGCCAGAAUCAGCUGAAAAAACGAUCUACGAAAAGUUAUCUGAUUUAGGUAAAAAGCCCGAGGAAUCUACCACUGUCCAAACGACCGAGAAAAUCCGCGAAAGCACACAAAACCGUCAGGAUAACAAGGAUGCGGAGAAAGCAUCGACCAUCGAAGCAUCGAAAAAUUUGGUGGGCUCAACGACUACUGUUUUGCCCAACGAAGUUGUCAAGCGAGAAGGUUUUUACGGCUCCCAAUUGUCCUUGGAAAGUAUCGAAGGCGACGAAUCCUACGACGGCGAAUUAAGCAAAGAAAUGAAAGCAACGAGCAAUGGAACGUCGCGUGAAAAUAGAGGUUUUUCCAAAAAUCGAAACGAUUAUGGAACCGAAGCCAACGAAACUGCGAAGGACGACAGUUCUGCUGGGGGAGAAAUAACAAGAGACGAUGAACUCCUCGAGAACGAAGAAAAAUCGAUACAUUCGAAAGAUAAUAGCAAAUUUACUGUGAGAGAUAAAAACUCGGAGGAACCGGACCCUGGGACAGCUUCCUUGGCGUUUGAGAACAAAGAAUCCUCGAACGAAUCUGCGAUCGGUGGAUUCAUGAAUAUUUACAGUUACGGAACCGCUGAUAAUUUGACCUUCGAAUGGAUCACGACCGAUUGGUCAAAAUGCUCGCAAACUUGCGGAGGAGGAGGCUUCCAGAUGAGAGGAGCUCAAUGCACGGUACGGCCGACCCAUCAAUCGAGCAACGCAACGCGCGUGAUAUCAAGAACAGUGAUCGGUGCCUCGCUAUGCGAGGACGCAGGAUUUCCAGUGCCACAAAAAGUCCGAGCUUGCGGAGCAGGUCGAUGUCCCCAGUGGCACGCGGGCGAUUGGACACCUUGUGAAUCUUCUCGAUGUUUCAAUUGGAAAACUGCGAUGCAGAGGCGAGAAAUAAGUUGUCGACUGCCAGGAGACACCGAGGAUGAGUCUCAAAAUAUAACGUUGCUCGAUGCGAAGCAAUGCGACGAUGGAAUAAGGCCUCCUCAGCGUCAGGAAUGCUACAACGAUGCGUGCAAAGGCGUUUGGAGAGUUGGAGAGUGGUCAGAGUGCACAGCUUCGUGUGAGGAAGAUGGAAUAAAAUACCGAAUACUGCAGUGCGUUUGGUUCGGAACGAAAAAACCAGCAGGAAAUGCAUGUCGAGAUCUUCCACGACCUCCAGUUAUGAAAACCUGUAGGGGACAGCCGUGUCAUCAUGCGUCCGAGGAAUGCAAGGACCAAUCGCAGUUAUGCAGCACGGUGAUGUUGAUGAACAUGUGCCGUGUUCCCCUGUACCAGAAGCAAUGUUGCGAGACGUGUCGUUAGAGGCCAGAAGGAUUACGAAAAUCCGUCGAGCAUUUGGUCCUUUUUAAAUCCACCAAACCUAGAUAAAACGAAUUAAAAAAAGAAAAAAAUAAUAAAAAGAUGAAUAAUGAGAUAAAAAACAAAUCUGUGGAACGAGGGUAGUGUGACCGUGAGGAAUGAAAAAAAAGACAGUAUUGAGCAUCGUUGGACAUUUCAUAAAUAUAUAUAUAUAUGUGUGUGUGUGUGUGUGUGUGCGUGCGUGUGUGCGUGUGUGAAUUAUAUUUAUAUUUAUAUUCGUAUAUUGAAAUAUAUUUCAUAUAUGAAUAUGAAUAUACAUAUAAAUAAACAUUGAUAUAAAAUAUAAACAGUUAUUUCACGCCCACCUAAAAAAAAAAAAAAAAAAAUCGGUACCUCGAACGUUCACAUUUCUUUUGUAGCACAGAAUAAUACAAAAAUUCAUUCUUACACUGAGAAUAAGUGACGAAAAGUCAGGAAACGAAAGAAAGAUUAAUCAUUUAUUGUUAAAAAAUAAAAUGAAAAGUAUUGGACAUAGUUAUUAAUUAGGCACGUCCUCAAAGGAUCAUUUUUAUUAUUAGUAUUAUUAUUAUAACGAUUAUUAUUAUUAAUCAAACUGGAAGAUACGUUUGAAGGAAUUACGUUUCGUCGCAAUGAAGUUUUUGAUCUCGAUGCUCUAUCGUGAGAAAACACUUACAAUUGUUGGUUCUUUUUAAUUGUCUAAUUUAUCGAUUUGAAUAUGAUGAAAUAUCAUCGUACGACUCGCCCAUUCCUAAGGAUUAAAGGAAAAGAGUAAAAUUGUUUCUCAAGACUGAAAGGGUAACUUUUUAAUGUUGAUAUAUCAUUCCGCCGGUACAAUGUUUUUAGCGAGAUUUAUAAUUUAUUGUUACUUAUAACGCGAGACUACGUGAUUUGGUAUUUCGUGGAGUCGUUGAAUCAUUGGGAGCAUAAAAAACUCCAAAUUUCUCGAAGAAUUUGUUCACUCCGUUUCGUGACUCUCAGUUCGAUUGAAAUUGGUGGUUUUCUCUUCGAUUCCUUCCUUAAUAAAAUGAUGAACAUCGCUUUAUCACGUUGUCAUUAUAACGAUAGAGCAAAAAAGUAAUAUAAUAUUCUACUAGCAUUAACGAUGUCACGGUACUCUGAAUAAAUAUUGAUACGCCUGAUAAAUAUUCGAAAGAAACACACAAGAAUAAGUGAAUGGAAUAUGGAAAUAAGGAAAAAUGCGACAAGCACCUCUCAAGGAUUCGUAAUUUUUAAGCCGAUAGAUUCUAAGCAAUAAAUAAUACGUUUAGGUAAUACGUAAUACGAUAUUUUGUUAAACGCAUAUUUAGUGAAGGAUGACUGUUCGUGUCUGAUUGAAAAAAAUGAGAUUAAAGGAAACAAGGCAAAUGAAGGACAUAGAAAAAUGGGAGAAAAAUAGCGAGAGUGGAAGAGAGAAAGAAAGAAAGGUGCAGGGGAAAUGAAUUUAUUUCUUACGCUGUAAUAUUCGUUGAACUUACACCUACGAUCCCAGGCGGAGGUUUAUCGAUCGGAAUGAGCUGAUUUUUUUUGUUCCGCCAUUCUCAAAUCGUUGAGCACCCAAAUUCUGAUUGAACAAAACUCCUUACUGGGCACGUAAGUGUGAACGAUAGAAUCCAUUAAGAACAGAAAAACUAUUGAUGAAAGAUCAAUAAUAAUGCAGAGCAUCGAUGAGCCUUAAGUGAAUAAAGUUAUUAUCGAAAAAUCAUGCGGAUUAUAUUAGGAUAUUGAAAAUCAAUCAACAUCCAAUUAUCGCGAUCUCAUCAAAUUUCGCUUGAUUCACGAUUUUUCGAUUACCCAACUCCUCGAAUAUAAACGCAUAAUCGAUUAUUAUUAUUAUUAUUAAUAUAAAAUAUAUAUUUUCCGUUGCUGCUGGCCUCCGUACUUAUCAUUCGAAAAAUUCCGAUUUCACAUCAGUGGAUUUAUGCACAGAAGAAAAUAAAAAUAAACGAAUAGAUGAAACGUCACUUACCGCAACAUCUCAAGUGCUCGGAACGAAGAAACGAUUAAUUUAACACCACGCUGGGUCUGUGAGGCCCGCACACUAAGCCCGCGAAUUUUAAUGAAAUUUUUCGUAAAAUAUUACACCCGAAGUUCCAGUUACAUUGUGAAAAUAAUGAAAUUCAUUAUUUUUCAUAUUAAUUUAUCAUUAAAAAGAAAAUUGCGACAACCGUCACUUUUAUAAUGAUAAAUAUUUGCUUUCUUAUAUCGAAAAAUGGUCCGGGUCACACAGACCCCCACCUGUGGAGAUAAUCGAGUCGCUCGGAAGGAAAGUGGGCGUGUGUUCGAAAACCGGAAACGAAUUAACUGAAUCGUACACAUCUCUCAUUUUUCCCAGUGUAAAAGCACACGUUUAUUGCACACACCAAAUCCACACGAGGCUCCACAAAAAGAAUAAGAAUUAAACGAUUAGCAACGACUGCAAAUCGCACUGUAACUGUUAAACGACUCAAAAUUUAACAAAAUAUAUGAAAAUUAUCGACAAGCCUGGAAACUUUUGUAUAUAUACAAUAACACAUACACAUUGCCGCUAUGUAAAAUUAUAACACACGCAAAAUACGGAUUACACGAAGAAUAUUAUUAUUAUUGUUCACUACAUCUAUAUGUAAAUAUGUAACUGCCUACAUAAUAGAUAUUAAUAGUUAUAAUAUUUAAAAAAUAAUAAAAACGAGAGACGAUGUAUAUCACUGCAUAA